AUGACCGCCACGAGCGAGGGGAAGAAGAAUAAGAGCGUUGAGCUCAAGGUGCCCGAGGGCCUCAAUAAGCGCUGCGAUCUCCCUCCCGAGGCUUAUUGGAUGGCAGACCAGCACCAAACACCGUUUGCUCGUCGUCCCAAGUACAGCACUGCCGGCACCCCGGCCAAGGUCACCGUCAACCAGUUCCGCGUUCGUGCCGUCAAGUCUAACGAUAUCUACCAGUUCGACGUGGCUAUUGACCCUGAGCCAAAAGGUACCGUUGUCUACAAGAAAGUAUGGGCUAGCGAUAUCGUUCAGCAGAAGCUCAAGAGCACCCGCAACCUCUGGCUACACGAUGGUCGCAAGCUGGCCUGGUCCCGGGCCAAUGUGGACCAAUUCUCGGUUAAUGUUGACCUCGGCGCCGCUGAGGGUCACCCUGGUAAGGCCAACAACAUUUUCACCUUGAAGGUGCGCCGCAGCACCAAGAUUCGCAUGGAGUCCUUGAUGGCCUAUCUCCGCGGCCAGGCGGCGUGGAGCAACUCGGUCUUGGAGUGUAUCAACUUCCUUGACCAUGCCCUGCGCCAGGGUCCAUCGGAACGCAUGAUUCAGAUCAAGCGCUCCUUCUUCAACGAGAACUCGGAGACUCGCCGCCUCAGCCCCUUCACCGAGGCCAUCAAGGGCAUCUAUGCCGCCGUCCGCUUGAAUGACUCGCUCAGCACGGGCGGGAUUGGCCUAGGCAUCAACGUCGAUGUCACCAACCAGACAUUCUGGACCGGUCAGGGUCUGAUUCCUCUGGUCCGCAGCUAUCUGGGCGCUGUCGAUCGCCGCUGGGACAACUUGUCGGACGACAUGCUCAUCAAGGAACUGCGCCCUGUCAAUAAGAAGGGCGUCUUCGAGAAGUCGGAGGCUUUCCAGGCCCUGAAGAGGUUACGCGGCCUCACCUUUGAGAUCACGCACCGCGACAAAGAUCGUGGUCGCGUUGAGUUCAAGAUUGACAAGUUCCUUUUCGAGGCCACCCCAGACGGCGGCAGUGCCCGCAAGACUGAGUUUAAGAGGAGGAUCAAGGGUACUGAUCAGACAGAGAAGAUCUCUGUCGCCAACUACUAUGCCCAGGAGUACAAGAUCCGGCUUCGCUACCCGGAUCUGCCGCUGGUCCAGACGGGGAAGGGCGCGCUCUUCCCCAUGGAGCUCUGUCAGGUUGUGCGCUUCAACCGGUACAAUUUCAAGCUCGACCCGCAGCAAACGUCCGAGAUGAUUAAGUUUGCCGUGCAGCGACCUCCCGAGCGCAAGAGGGAGGUACUGAACAUGGUUCAGAACCUCGACUGGGGCCGCGACCCCUACUUGCGUGAGUUUGGUAUUUCCAUCGCCGACCAGCCGGCCCAGGUGGAGGCUCGCGUGCUUCCUAACCCGUACGUGCACUACGCGGCUGAUUCCAUGCCCAAGAACCCUGAGCAGAGGGGCCGCUGGGAUCUUCGUGGCGUCCGCUUCCGCAACAUGCCUACCGCCCUGCGCUCGUGGGCCCUGGUGGCGGUCGACCGCUCCAUCGACAAUGCCUCGCUUGUCAACUUUGGCCGCGAGUUCAAAAAGAUAUGGAUCAACCAUGGCGGCAGGGUCGAGGCCGAGCCCUACAUCUUUACGCCGCCCCCGAACAUGCCCCACGCCGAGUUGGUUCAGAGGGCUUAUACGGCCACUGGCCAGCACAACAAGCAGACGCCCCAAAUCAUAUUCUUCAUUCUCCGCGAGAAGUCGACGUUUCUGUACGAGCGACUCAAAAAGAAUGCCGAGUGUCGCUUCGCCAUCCCGACGCAGAUGAUCCAGGCCUUCCAGGCGCGCAAGGCCAACGCCCAGUAUAUCUCCAACGUCUGCCUCAAGGUGAACGCAAAACUGGGCGGUCAGAACUGCCGCGUCACGCCGCACAUGAGCAAGGAGCAUACGCCCAUGUUCAAAGCGCCGACCAUGAUGAUUGGCGUCGAUGUGUCGCAUGGCGGCCACACGUCGGGCACGGGCGCUCCGUCCAUCGCGGCCAUGUGUGUCUCGAUGGAUCGCGAUGCCGCUAUCUACAGCGCUGCCGUCCAGACCAACGGCUGGGGUGUCGAGAUUGUACAGCCUCACAACAUGCACUCCAUGCUCGCCCCCAUCCUCAGUAAGUGGGCCCGCAAGCACAACCGCGCUCCCGAUCACGUCUUUUACCUGCGCGACGGCGUAUCGGAGGGCCAGUUUGCCCAUGUCAUGGAGUGGGAGCUCCGAACCCUGCGCACAGUGUUUGAGCAGUACAUGAAGGCGAAGCCCAAGAUUACCGUCAUUAUUUGCACCAAGAGCCAUCACAUUCGUUUCUUCCCCGAGCGCGGCGACCGCAACGGCAACCCGCUGCCCGGCACGCUGGUCGAGCGCGAGGUGACUCACCCUUUCCACUACGAUUUCUACCUAUGCUCGCACGCCGCCAUCCAGGGUACCGCUCGCCCCGUCCACUACAACGUGAUUCAUGACGAGGUCAAGAUGGAUCCCGCCGAGCUGCAGCGCCUGCUCUACAACCAAUGUUAUCAGUACUGCCGCUCGACCACGCCUGUCUCUCUUCACCCGGCCGUGUACUACGCCCAUCUAGCGGCUGGGCGCGGCGUGGCACAUAUUGACCAGGAUCUUCCGCCGGCCGGGCAGACGGAGCAGCAGUCUACUACUGUCGACAACAAUCCCAUGUCUCUGCCGGUGCUCAAGCGCGGCAUGAUGGCUAAGUCAGAUAGCAAGACGACCAAGACGUCUUCGUCGGAUGAUACUUCAUCAUUACCUCGUCCACUCAUCAAACCUGGUCAGAGGGGCGGUCGUGCAGAUGCGAUUAUGGCGUUUGAGAAUUCGAUGUGGUGGGUGUGA